CUCGAGUCGAGUUCGAAAGAAAUUAAGCAUGCGCGAUGCGGCCGCGACUUCCCGCCACCAGACUCAACCCGGCCGCCGCGCCUCGCCGUGCUCCGACCGCCCGCCUCCUCUCCACGGCCGCGCCACCCUCCGACGCGCGCCACCUCCAGCCGCAGCAGCAGCAGCAGCUCGAGCAGCUCAUCGCGCGCGGCGACCUCUCGCGCGCCCGCCACCUGUUCGACGAAAUCCCGGACCCGGACGCGCGCGCCUACAACGCGCUCAUCCGGGCCUACUCCUGGCGGGGCCCCGCCCACGCCGCCGGCGCUCUCGCGCUCUACGCCGCCAUGCUCCGCGACGGCCGCAGCCCGCCCAACAAGUACACCUUCCCCUUCGUCCUCAAGGCCUGCUCCGCGCUGCUCGACCUGCGCGCAGGCCGCGCCAUCCACCGCCACGCCGCCCGCGCUGGCCUCCACGCCGACCUCUUCGUAUCCACCGCCCUCAUCGACCUCUACAUGAAGUGCGCCCGCUUCCGCCCUGCCAACGCCGUCUUCCGCGCCAUGCCCGCCAGGGACGCCGUCGCCUGGAACGCCAUGGUCGCCGGCUACGCGCUCCACGGCAUGUACGGACACGCGCUGGAGUGCCUCCUCCGCAUGCAGGAGGGCCGCGCCUGCCUCAGGCCUAACGCCUCCACCCUUGUCGCGCUCCUUCCUCUGCUCGCCCAGCAGAGCGCGCUCCGCCAAGGGAAGUCUGUGCAUGCCUACAGCGUCCGCGCCUCUCUCCACGACAAGGACGGGGUGCUCGUCGGCACUGCACUGCUGGACAUGUACGCAAAGUGCGGGAACUUGCUAUAUGCUCAGAGGGUCUUCGAGGCCAUGGCCGUUCGGAACGAUGUUACUUGGAGCGCCAUCAUCGGAGGCUUUGUGGUGUGCGGCAGGAUGCUGGAGGCCUUUAUUCUGUUCAAGGACAUGCUGGCGCAAGGACUGGGCUUCCUUUCUCCAACCUCUGUCGCCAGCUCUCUUAGAGCCUGCGCCAGCCUGGCUGAUGUCCGCAUUGGUAAACAGCUGCAUGUCUUGCUUGCGAAAUCUGGGCUGCAAUCUGACCUGACCGCAGGGAACUCACUCCUCUCCAUGUAUGCUAAGGCUGGGUUGAUCGACGAAGCUACCACACUUUUUAAUGAUAUGGCCGCCAAGGACACGGUCUCUUACAGUGCGCUCGUGUCAGGGUAUGUGCAGAAUGGCAUGGCGGAUGCAGCUUUUCUUGUCUUCAGGAAGAUGCAGGUCUGCAAUGUAGAGCCGGAUGUUGCCACAAUGGUGUCACUCAUCCCAGCUUGUGCACACCUGGCGGCUUUGCAGCAUGGCAAGUGCAGCCAUGGUUCUGUCAUAGUUCGUGGAAUGGCACCAGAAACCUCUAUCUGUAAUGCCUUGAUAGACAUGUAUGCAAAGUGUGGAAGGAUUGCUUUCUCCAGGCAGAUUUUCGAUGCGAUGCCAUCUAGGGAUAUCGUGUCAUGGAAUACUAUGAUAGCAGGAUAUGGAAUCCAUGGGCUCGGAAAAGAAGCCACUGCGCUGUUCUUAGACAUGAAGAAUCAUGCUUGUGAGCCCGAUGGCGUCACAUUCAUCUGCCUAAUUUCGGCGUGCAGCCAUUCUGGGCUCGUGACUGAAGGGAAACACUGGUUUCACAUGAUGGCGCAGAAGUAUGGUAUAACUCCAAGGAUGGAGCACUAUAUCAGCAUGGUUGAUCUUUUGGCCAGGGGGGGUUUCCUUGACGAAGCCUAUCAGUUUAUCCAGAGCAUGCCAAUGAAAGCAGACGUUCGUGUAUGGGGAGCUCUGCUUGCAGCUUGCCGGGUUCAUAAAAACAUCGAUUUAGGAAAGCAAGUGGCUAGGGUGAUCCAGAAACUAGGACCUGAGGGGACUGGCAACUUUGUUCUGCUGUCCAACAUAUUCAGCGCUGCUGGGAGGUUCGAUGAGGCAGCAGAAGUUCGAAUAAUACAGAAGGAGAAGGGGUUCAAGAAGAGCCCUGGCUGUAGUUGGAUCGAGAUAAAUGGAUCCCUACAUGCAUUUAUUGGCGGGGACAGAUCUCAUCCACGGUCACCUGAGAUAUACCAAGAGCUGCAUAACAUCCUGGUAGAUAUUAAUAAACUGGGUUACCAGGCUGAUACCAGUUUUGUUCUGCAAGAUCUUGAGGAAGAGGAAAAGGAGAAGGCACUUCUUUAUCACAGCGAAAAGCUAGCAAUAGCUUUCGGUAUCCUCACUCUUAGCGAAGAUAAGGACAUUUUUGUUACAAAGAAUCUCCGUGUGUGUGGAGAUUGCCAUACUGUUAUCAAGUACAUGAGCUUAGUAAGGAGAAGGGAUAUAAUCGUCAGAGAUGCCAACAGGUUUCAUCAUUUCAAGAAUGGACAGUGCAGCUGUGGAGAUUUUUGGUGACAGCAAAACUAGAGUCUGGUUCAUGACCUCUCAGUUUUGUUUUGUACUAUCAGUCAUUCAGUUGCAUGUCUUGAAUGGUGGAGCAUUUAAAACUUCAUCAGAAUACCCUUUGAGGUGCCAAAUUUCUACGUCCCAGCCAGCAAUUUUUGCCCCACAAAGGGUUGUCCAAAGUGAUGGUGUUAUGACGUCAAAAGGAAAAUCCAAAGGUCACAAGAGACGACUGACAAUGUUAUGAAGGAUUUGGUACGCAGUGAAGCUAGAAUGACACAAAUAUAAUUUGCGUAUCUCUAGUAGAAAUCCCUGAGGUAUAUGCUUAGUAUCAUCAGUUGUAGAAUUCUUAACUAUCCUGGAGAUCCUGUGCACUUCCCUAUCCUGGAGACUGGAAAAGGCAAUCAGCACAUGAAGGAGAACAUGGAUAUCCGGGGUAUUGAUUGCUACAGUAUACUGGAUUUGAUGAGCAAAAUAUUCCUGGGAUCCUUGCCCCAGCCCUAACUAGAAAGACGAGAAGUUCAUUAAGGCGCAACAGGAAAAGGCUACAGUAGUAGAAAAUGUUUGAGCUUAUAGAUGUUCCUCAAACAGAUUUCAUGGUCCCGUAAUUGGCGAUUACUGAUGACUGAUGAGCCAACGGGCACAACUUUUUUUUUUCUUUGUUCGAAUUCUUUCAGUCAUAGAGCUCUCCCGUAGGUCAUGCCAAUUGGCCUGGCCGAGUUGACCAUCUUCUGAAAAUGCCAUGAUGUCUUUCA